UUAUGUGUAUUGUGUUAGGACAGUUGAAAAAUUUAAAUAUUAUAACAAUGAAAAUUUUGGUUAUUUUAAGUUUGUGCUUAUGUUUAUUUUUAAACAUAGCGUCUACUAGAUUUGUUAAUGAGUACUCAGCACUUGACGAUAAAAUCAUACGAAUUUUGGAUAAAUAUCGAAAUGAAUUAGCUGACGGUAAAUGGAUUUUCCCACCUUUAGAUCCCUUUGUUGUUCCUGCAUUUAAUGUAUCGUAUGAAAAUAAAAUCGCCAAAGUUGAUGGAAUAUCGAAAGCCUUAAAUGCUUCCGGAAUUAUAGGCUAUGAAGAUCAUGUAGUGGAAACUACCUUAGAUGGGGAUUUUAGUGUUUAUGUAAAUGAACCGUUGGUAAAAGUAAUAGGUGAAUAUAAAUCUGAAGGUAAACUGGCAUCAGCCAUUCCAGUCAAUGGUGAAGGAUCUUAUACAUGUGAUGUUAAAAAUUUACAAAUAACAGUAUAUGGUAAACUUAGUGAAAACAAAGAUGAAACAUUGUAUUUAGAAAGAUUAAAUGUUACUCUUCAUGUAGAGGAAAUUAAGUUUAAAAUCGAUGGUUUACAAGGUGGUAAAUUGUACAAUGAUAUGGUUAGUGCUAUUGUAAGCGAUGGUGCACCAGCAUUUAUCAAUGCAAAUGUUCCAUUAUUUGAUGAAUUUGUUGGUACAGCUUUAAAACAUUAUUUAAAUCCAAUUUUCAAUGAUUACACAGCCGCAGAAUUAAUAGAUUUUAUCAAUUCAAUUGAUGCAUAAAUAACUGUUAUCAAUCGAUAAAAAAUAAACAAAAUGCUUUA